AUGGCGUGGCUCGCGCGCUCCAUCACCAACUCCCUCCUCGCUACCGAGGAAGAAUCCGAAGCAAGCGACCCGGGCCCCUCGGCCUCCCCGGGGUCAACCUCUCCCCCGCGCGGCGUCCGCGAGGACCUCUCCGAGCUCACCGGCGCGCUCGCGAACCGCUUCCAGGGUCUCGCCUCCUUCCUCGCGCCCGCGGCGCCUGGAGGCGGAGGCGCCCUGCGCCGGCCGGACCCGGCCGAGAUCGCGGGCCGGUUCCGCGCAGGCCUCGCGCGGCUCCCGGGCCGCCAGGCCGUAGCGGAUCUCGCCAAGAUCGCGUCCUCGCUGCUGCCCCCUGAGGGCGACGCGGACUGGGCGGAGGCGGCAGCGGGGGUCACCGAAGAGGUGGUCGCGUUCGCGCGGGACGCGGCCUCGCGGCCCGAGCUGUGGCUCGACUUCCCCCUCCUCCCCGACGACGCCGACUCCGAUGAUUUUGACAUGACUGAUGCGCAGCAAGAUCAUGCCCUGGCCGUGGAAAGCUUGGCGCCCGAGCUUGCUGAUCUGAGAAUCGAGCUCUGCCCCAGCCACAUGAGCGAGGGCUGCUUCUGGAAGAUAUACUUCGUGCUGCUGCAUCCUAAGCUCAGGAAGGAUGAUGCCGAGAUUUUAUCCACUGCACAGAUUUUGGACGCUAGAGACAAGUUGUCACACGAUUUGCAGUAUCGGACGAAGUUACAAGGCAGCUAUGGAGACACCGUACCUGUGCCUUUCAGCAAUGAAGAUGGUGUGUUAGGUUCUCCUGUAGAGGUUUUGGGUGUAUUGAAGGGCCAAGAUGACUCCGCGAUGCUCACAUCUUUUAGCAACAUAGACUAUGGCAAGCCACAACCAAUCAAACAGGAUAUUCUAUCAAAUGAUACAAUCAGCGAGACUGGAGCUGUUUCUUCAAACAAUGUCAGCAGCAGUGUACCUGUACUGCUAGUGCCCAUAUCGAAAGUCACUGCCGUGGUCACACCAUCUAGGAUGGAAGAAAGCACACGCACUGUCUCUACAGAAGAUGCAGCAAAAGAAGAACAUAGUGCGCAAAUGUCUGAGAUACCAUUGACGGACAACUCUCCCCCUAAAAAUGAUCAGCUGAAACAACCACUGGCUGACAUCAGUGAGCAAUCAAGAGUUGACAUUCAGAAAACUGAUAAUGUUGAGGAUGGCGACAUGGUCGAAGAUGACGAUGGGGAUGAAUGGCUGGAAGAGGAGACAGGUGACCCAGGAAACACAAAAAUUCCAAUAGCAGAUGAUGAAGAUGUGUCUUUCAGUGAUCUGGAGGAAGACGACGAUGCAGCCUGA